AUAUUGGGGAGAAUCCUAUGGGACCCACAAUUUAUCCGAACUCGGUCUGUCCUCCGUUUCCAGCAGUGUCUCGGUUCGGCCUCCCCAUCCGGCCGGCGGCGCUCGCGGCGGUUGGUUCCCGCGGGCGGGCGGAAGAAGGCGGAACAGUCGCCGGCGGGCGGAAGAAGGCGGAAGCUCACGACGCGGCCACGGCCUGAUCUCGACGCCUCGACGCGCCCACGGCCGAAGCUCACGGCUGAAGGCUGCGCUGCCCGCCGUCCACUAGCACUGCCUGCCUUGCGAACCCCAGACAACAAAAGGUUUACGAUGGCAUGGCUUCGAAAGCUUCGGCGUGAACACAGGCAAGGGAGUUGCAGUGUGUACGACGACAUAUUGGUGGCGACCACCAUUGCUCGUAUCGGCACAGAGGAAGAAGAAAACAAACCUAACCCACGUCGGGGUUCAAUUGUAGGACGCCGGACCAUUGCACGAGAUAGAUACAGUGGGUAUUGCCGUUUGGCGGAGGACUAUUUCGUUUCCAACUCGGUCUAUGGUGAAAACUUGUUUCGCCGCCGGUUCCGAAUGACAAAGAAUAUGUUUGAAGAUAUCAAGGACGCAUGUGAGCAAGCAAACGUAUACUUUAAAUGGAGACAAAAUGCUGCGGGAGUUUGGGGCUUGGCUCCAGUACAAAAGGUAACUGCUGCUUUGCGCAUGCUUGCAUACGGAGGUCCAGCUGAUAGCCUAGAUGAGUACCUUCGGAUGGGAGAAAGCACCAUAAUUGAGAGUGUCAACCAGUUUACACGGACCAUUGUUGAUCUAUACGGUCCUAGGUACUUAAGGCAGCCAACAAGAGAUGAAAUACAAAUAUUAUUGCAAGUUGCUGAAGCACGUGGAUUUCCAGGGAUGUUGGGUUCGAUUGAUUGUAUGCAUUGGGAGUGGGAAAAUUGCCCUACCGCUUGGCAUGGUCAAUAUAGAGGUCACUUUAAAAAACCUACUCUUAUUCUUGAGGCAGUUGCUAGCUAUGAUACAUGGAUAUGGCAUGCUUUCUUUGGACUUCCUGGAUCAUUGAACGACAUCAAUGUGCCGCAUCGUUCACCAGUGUUUGACAAUCUAGCAGCGGGUAAUGCUCCGGAGGUUCAAUUUAAUGUAAACGGUAGGGAGUAUAACAUGGGCUACUAUCUGGCAGAUGGUAUAUAUCCCCCAUGGGCUACUUUGAUCAAUGGUAUUCAACAGCCCAGAACUAACAAGCACAAGGAAUUUGCGAGCAGGCAAGCAGAAUUUCGUAAAGAUGUGGAACGGACUUUCGGUAUUUUGCAAGGACAAUAUGGAAUCAUCAAAGGGCCAGCGAGGCUAUGGGAUCAGGUCGACCUAAAGUACAUUGUAGACUGUAUCGUCAUACUACACAAUAUGGGUAUCGAGUACGAGAGAGGAUUGCCUCAGCUGCGGGCAACGGACUAUGAAGGUGCGACGGAUCCCAGAUUGGGCGAUGACAAUACAAACGUGCCGGAGCUAGCAUUGUUGAUGGAGAACCACCGUAGGAUCCAGAGCCGACAAGGAAAUGCACAGUUGAAGCUUGACCUGAUCGAGCAUAUUUGGAGCAAGUAUGGAGAUAGGGCCAACAAUUAGUGUGCAGUGUUGUAUGGAUUAAUGUAUCAGUUUUUGUAUGGAGUCCUGUAUGGAAACAUGGGUAUCAGUUGUUGUAUGGAGUCCUGUAUGGAUUAAUGAAUCAGUUGUUGUAUGGAGUCCUGUAUGGAUUAAUGUAUCAGUUUUUGUAUGAAGUCAUGUAUGGAUUAAUGUAUCAGGGAUGUAUGGAAAUGAACAGUUGAAGCUU